AAACUCUGCAUCCCCUUUCAAAACGUAGCAAAACGUGAUCACUGUAUGAAUUUUGUCGCGUCGCCGUAUGAGUGAAAAGAGUGAAAAGUAAUUGGAAGAAUCGGAUCAUCAUUAGUUUUUGUUCACUGCGGGUUUGUGUCCUGCAGUUAAUAUGUGGAAGCAAAAACCUUUAAAUUACAAAAGAUAUCUACAACACCCAAAUGUUUCGAUUCCACGAUCUACACUUUUUAGAAGAAAAGCUUCUCAUCCUGCACAUAUAAAAGAAUAUGAGGAAUAUUUUGAUCGAUUUAAAGAUAAAUCUCAACUUUACUGUGAUAAAGGAACGCCACAAUUCGCAAUCGAAGAAGCAAUAACAGAAGAAAAUGAGGUAACGUCACAACUUGCAAACGAAGAUGUAAUAACGGAAGAAAGAAAUACAUUAACAACAGAAGAGAAAUUCCAAAUUCACGUCAAAAGGAAAAGAACAUCUUCUUUCGGAGAUUAUGGACCAAGUCAUACAACUUCUGUAAAUGAUGACAGUAAUGCAGAUGCAACAUCACUUCAUUUAAUAGUAGAUGAUAUAGAUUCUGCUGAAGAGGAAUUUCAUGUCAAAAAUCUUUUAAACGAGGUCAGUAAUGUACACUUACAAGAAAUGGAGGAGGCUUUGAACAUGACAGAUGACUUCAGUAAUGUUUUUUUCAAUAAGGAUGGAGAAAAUAAUUCACCUUUCAAAAAACUUAAUACGCUUAUCAACAAUCAUGAAUUCUCCGAAAUCAUAAGCCAACCGAUCAACAAAACUUUAGGGGAACUUUUAAUGAUACUCUUGAAAUUUGCAGUAACUCAUUCUCUAUCACUUACUGCCGUCACUCAACUAUUUUUGCUCAUAAAUUCUAUGUUUUCAUCACCCAUUUUGCCCGAAUCUCGAUAUUUAAUUAAUACAUUGUUCAAUCCGUCAAGUAACGCAACAUUUCACGGAAUGUGUCCUCAAUGUUCUUAUAUAGGUAUAUUUAAACGUUCUGACAAAUCGAUCAAAUGUACUUUUUGUGAUUUAGACGUUCAAGUUAAAAGUUCUUCUUACAAUGACUUCUUUGUUUAUUUUGACAUUAAUUCACAAAUCUCGGAAUUAGUAGAAACAAAUAGCGAUUACUACUAUAAUGUUAUGAAUCGACGAAGAUACGAAAAUAAUGUGUUUAAAGAUAUAUAUGACGGUCAAAUGUAUCGAGCGUUUGUAAAUAGUUUAGACGAUAAUGACAGGCAUCAAUAUUUAACGACUACGUUUAAUACAGAUGGUGCGCCAUUAUUCGAGAGCUCUGCUUACUCAAUAUGGCCUCUUUUUUUACAAAUUAAUGAGUUGCCGUAUCAAGUAAGAACCAAUGAAUUAAUUCUUUGCGCUUUAUGGUUUGGAAAAAGUAAACCUAAUAUGAAUGUCUUCUUAAAGCCCUUCGUUGCAAACAUGAAUAAGUUGUCUGCAGAAGGAGUCAAAUGUAAAGUAAAAGAAAAAGUGCUUUCUGUUAAAGUUUAUUCAUUAUGUUGUUGCGUGGACUCAAUUUGUAGGCCAACAAUGCAAGGUUUUUGCCAAUUCAAUGGGAAAUAUGGCUGCCCUUGGUGUUUGCAUCCUGGGCAAUGGGUGUCGAAUCCAACAACAAAAAAUGGAGGUAGUCAAAAAUAUCCAUUACUAGAUGCACCUGUUAGUAGGCGAACCGUACAAGACACGCUUCGUCACAUGGAAAUAGCAACUCCAAAUAAACCAUGUUUCGGUAUUAAACAUCCAUCCGAAUUAAUCAAUCUAAAUAAUUUUGAUAUAAUCGAUGGCUUUGUACCUGAUCCGAUGCAUAUUGUUAGCAAUGUGGGUAAACUUUUCACCCACAUUUGGUUUGGUACUAAAAGCGUGUCCUCUGCGUAUCUUACUAAAGAUAAACUUAUUGAAAUAAAUUCUAUUAUGACAAAAAUUAAAGUUCCUUGCCAAGUUGGUCGCCUUUCCCGUUCUCUGGAUGACAAAGAAUUUUGGAAGGCCAGAGAAUGGGAAAAUUGGAUUUUGUAUUACAGCAUACCAAUUAUUUCAUUAUUUUUGGAUUCGAAAUAUAUAAUGCAUUGGCUCCUUCUUGUUGAGGCUUUUUAUAUUCUAUCAAAAGAAAGGAUUACAAUUGAUGACCUGAACCAUGCAGAUAAAUUACUGCACAAGUUUGUUGCAGAUACUGAAAAUCUGUAUUCUAGUGUAGCUAUGACCUUUAAUGUUCAUAUUCUUUUACAUUUAGCCCGAAGCGUUUUUAAUUGGGGUCCGCUUUUCGCCCAUUCUUGUUACGGAUUUGAAAGUGGAAAUGGACAAUUAUUAAAAACAAUUCAUUCAGCUAAAGGCGUCCACCAUCAGGUUGCUCGACAUGUCGCUUUCAAUUUUAGUCAUUUAUUUGUAAAAAAAGCGGUUUAUGACAAUUGCUCAACAGAAAUGAAGCAUUAUUACGAUUCAUUAGGUCAUGCAAAAGUUCAAAACACAUUAAAAACUCAAAAAGCUAGAUACUUUGGUAUGAUUAGUGCUGUGGAAGACGCAUGGAAGAUAAAGUUAGAACUGUCUGAAAAUUCUGUUUGUUAUUCUAAAAUGGUAAAAAAUGGAUGUCUUUAUUUGUCAUCAGAAAGAAUCAAUCAACGAUCUGAUAAUGCAUUUGUUCUUCUUCAUAAUGGUAGUUAUGCAAACAUUUUUAAGUUUAUUGUUGAUAGAGAGUUGAACAAAGAAUAUGCGUUAGUACAAGUUUUACGGACAAAAAAUGCGUUUUCCAGAAAUCAUAGAACUUUACAGAUUAUCGAGGAAAUAGAUUCAGAAAUAACAUCGAUUUUCAUUCAUGACAUACAUAAAAUCAGCGUUUGCAUUGAUAUUCCUAACGAAAAUUGUUAUAUUUCUGCAGUACCAAAUUUAUUGUCGUAUUAGAUUAUUCUGUUUUUAACAUUGGAAAAACCUAAAUUAAUUGGAAAUUAUCUGCUAUCUUAUAUAGCAAUUGGAAUAUCGAGUUUUUAAUAAAUAUUUUAUUACUUUUUGUAUUUUUAUAUAUCUCAAAACACGUUUAAAACUUUUAUUGCGUAAAUAUGUAUUAAAUAAAGUAAGCAUAAAAGUUCUGUUUUUAAUAUACUGUGCGGUGCAUAAUGAAAAUUUCAGAUAUAUUUCUGAAUCUAUUUAAAUACUAAAAUAGUAUUUUCUUGAAAAGUUUAGAAAUUAAAAAUUUAAAGUUAUUUCAUAUGUUUUGUAAAUAUCUUUUUUGUACCUAAUGUAUUAUUAUUGUAAGAACAAUACAAAUCCGUCAGAAAAUUAUUUCUUUUUGUCAAACCGAGUUAUAUUGUGUGUAAUAAUUAAAUCUAUACUUUAAACAAUAAUGUU